AUGGCAUUUAUUUAUCGAUCUCGUAAUCAAAGUUAAAUAUUGGAUCCCUCACCAGGACCAGGUUCUUAUGAGUUAGAUAGAAAAUGGGAAAGAAUGAGUACUUAAGUACCAUCACUGCCUUUAGUUGAUAUUCCUAGAAAACUCAGUCCUGGACCAGGUGCAUAUGAUUAUAAAGGAUCGUCUUAAAAUAGUUAAAUUGCUAGUGCAGUCUUUAAAAAUGAAGAAGAACGAUUCAAAGAUGAAAAAUAAGGUUUAGUUGGGUAUAUUUAUUAUUGUUAUAUUAUAGUCCAGGAUAUUACGAUAUCGCCAUGUUAUAAAAACACAAACAACCUCUUUCUCAUCGUCCAAAAAUCAUUGAACAAUUAAUGUAUGCAGGUACUUAUCAAACUGCUAAUUCAAUACCUUAUGAAAGUAUAAUUACUUAUAAAUUAAGAGAGAUAAUAAGCAAACGUUGGGCCUGGUUAUUAUGAUACAUAAUAAUCUCAACUUAAUAAACAUGCAAGUUUAGUAAGUGAUUGGUCAAGACGAUCAUCUAAACACGAAGAUAUAGAUACUUCGAUAGGUCCUGGACAUUAUGAUGUUGAUAGAUUUUAUAGAUACAGAGACAAAAAAGUUGGACAAUAAAUUAAGUUCUCUACUUCACAAGAACCUAAAUAUUAUGUUAAAAAAGGACUUGACAAUAAAAUCUAUUAUAGUUUCUAAAAGUCUUCCACUCCUGACUCUGAUUCCUCAUAAUAUGAAUUCUUAGAUGAUUCUACUCCUGGCCCAGGAUAUUAUUAAACUUAAUCAACUGCUAUCUCAACUGGAGCUAGACUAUUAACAAAAGCUCCUAGAUUUGCUAUUAAAAAUUAGCAUAUUCCUGGACCUGGUUAAUAUAAUCCAAAUCUCCUUUCCAUUAAUUAAUAAGUAGAAUUUCCAAAAGCUGAAAGAUUUAAAUAAAAUUCUAAUUCUGUCUCUCCUAGUCCCAUUACUUACUCACCGAAAACUUCCAUGAAAGAUAAAAUUAUCUAAAAAUUACUUUAAAGUCCCAAUUAAGAAAUAGGUAGCAAGUUACCAAGAUUUUCCAAAAAAAAACCAAAAAACACUCCAGGACCUGGGUAUUAUGAUAGCGAACCAAAAAAAAUAGAAAAAAAAGAUAUAUCAUCCAGUCCAUUUAAAAGUAAAGUGAAAAGAACAUCAAUUACUAUUAAUGAAGAUUUUCCUCCUCCAGGUUCUUAUGAUACAUCCCUUGGAUCUAUUUAAGAGAAAUUAAAAAGUUAAAUUGAAUACAAUUUUGAAUAAUUAAUUGAUAAACCUCCUUUUGGAAUAGGAGAAGAAAGAUGGAAAUAAGCAAUAAUAGAAGAAUCUGAAGAUGAAAAAAUUGAGAGAAUUUCUACUUAUAAAAAACCAAUCUCCAAAGAUCCUCCUGCUUUCGGAUAAGGAUAAUCAAGAUUUCAGCAUUCAAUUAAUGAAACUCCAGAUCCAUAAUCAUAUAAUGUACAACUAUAAUGGAUUAAAAAGAGCUUCAAUUUUUAAUAAAUUAAAAAAUGA